CUGAAUAAAUUCAUUUGAAAUCUUUCAAUUUUUCAGCAGAUGUCUAAAAAAAAUGUGUUGUACGUAAGUACAUCAGUUCAUGUUGAAAGAAUAAUCGUGAUUGUUCGACUUGGCAGCGUUGUACCAGUAGGAGGAGCUGUCGUUGACCUCAAUACUGGUUAUUACGAGCCGGGUGAUGCUUCGCAUCUCGCUUCCACCUUUACCCUCGCAUUGCGUUCCUGUUAUAACGACCAUUAUUCGACGUCGACGAACCACACUGGCAUUCAGAUUCAGUUCGAAAGAAAAAGUUCGGUUAAAAUGUCGCGUCGCUCGUUCACGUUACAAGAAAAAAGACAAAUCUGUGCGCAAAUAAGCAACGGCGAGAAAAAUUCGGUGUUAUGUGUUAAGUACAAUGUAUCUUCAUCGACCAUUUCGACAAUAUGGAAAUAUCGUAACAAAUGGCUCAGUACAGACCACGCGUAUGCAUCGAAAAUCAAAAAACUACGGGAAUCACGUUAUGCAGACUUGGAUUACGCUCUAUUGCAAUGGUUCAAGAAUGAACGUGCUUCAGAUACUUCGAUUAGCGGACCUAUUCUACAAGAGAAAGCGAACGAAUUGGCUAAAUCAUUCGGAUUGCAAGGAUUCUCUUGUACUUCAUCUUGGAUACAAAGGUUUCGUGAAAGACAUGGUAUCUCAUCUAGUAAACCCGAAACGGAAUCUGGCACCGGAAUCGAUGCUUGCGAGGAUUGGCUGCAGAAUAUUUGGCCAACUACUCGUCAUGGAUUUGCCGACGAAGAUGUUUUUUAUGCCACGCAGACAGGUAUGCUUUACAAACUAACUCCAAAUGAACUUGCGAGGGAAGAUGAAUUAAAUCUGACGUCAGAUGAUCUAGUAUCGGUUUUGGUCUGCGUUAACAUGUCGGGAACAGAAAAGAGACCUCUGUUGGUCGUCGGCAAAUCGAAAAAACCUCCUUGGUUCGAAAACCUGAAAAAUUUUCCUGUUUGUUACGAAAGCGAUGCUCAAGCUAAGGUGACUUCGCCGAUUUUCGAAAACGUUCUCUAUGUCUGGGAUGAUGAGCUACGACAAGAGAAUAGAAAAAUUAUGCUGCUAGUCGAUAAUAGUCUGUCGUUCAGUUGUCCUGUGAUACCAUCGUGUAUUCAUGUAGUAGUUUCAUCUCCUGGUAUAACGUCAUCUUCAUCAGCAUGGAAAUCACCUACGGAUCGAUGCAUUUUGAAACACUUGAAGGGGCAUUACAGAAAGAUGCUAAUUUUAAAAAUAAUAGAGAACGUAGAACGAAACGUAGAAACCAAUAUUACCAUAUUCGAUGCCCUGAUUAUGUUGAAUAAAAGUUGGCAGAACAUUUCAUCUACUAUCAUUGACCAGUGUUUCAUCGAUUCAGGCUUGAAAAAACAUCCAUCAAAGCUCUUAAAUUCUUCUACAUCUGCAAUGCAGCCAAAAGAUGAUAUACGAGUAUUUCACGACUUACAAGUCCUUCUGCCUCGUGUCACGUCUUCGAAUGGUGUAAUUUCUGUUGACGAAUUCAUAAAUGCAGAUGUUAAAUUGAUGACAAAAAUUGAGCUGGGAAAUUUCAUCAGUUGUGGGACUUGUGAGCCUGACAGCGAUGCACCAGUUGCCAUCAAGAAAGAGCUAGACGAAGAUAGUGAUACGGAAAGAUAUGAUUCACCGGUCAUUAUAAAAGAGGAGGAUGAUGAAUUUAGUGAUGAAAAAGGUAUGGUGAAUGAUACCUUUGGAACCCCACCUAGUGUUGCAGAAGCAAGCGUUGCGUUGACUGUUCUGCAGUCAUAUUGUUUCACAAAUCUGGACUCGAGUUCAUUCAAUUACAUGGAAUGCUGCCUAAAAAGUCUGGAAAGUCAUUUAGAAAUUAAAUUUCAAGAUAACAGCUAGUAUUAGUUGGAAAUUUAUGUUCUUUUAUUGGUUUUUGUGAUUUUUUCGUUUCCUUGAACCAUUGGAAACAUUUUUUUUUGAUUUUUUUUUUGUAUCAUUGUACUUGAAUAAAAUAUUGAAAUAUUACUGUACUUUUUCACUUUGAAAUUUUUUCUAAACAUUUUUUCAUAUUUUUUCUAAAUAUAAGAAAAAAAGAUCAACAGUUUGAAGUUUUUUCAGUCAGAAUUUUUUUUUUUUUUGAAUUAGGUAUAUUUUAAAACAUUUUUUGGGAUGAUAUUUGUUUCAAAUUUUUAAACCUUUUUCUUGCUCCCUGAAACAUCAGACAUUCCUUCAAAUACCUUGAUAUUUGGCUGUAUCUACCUGAGUUGAAAAAAAAUGCCAAUCUUUGAAUCAGAGAAACACUGUACACCUU